AUGUUGGAUGAUGAAGAUGACCAAAGCUUUCACGCUACGCGUGACGGCUACUCCCAUUUGAGCGAUGUCGAAUGGGAUGCGGUUGAACGAAUGGGUUCGACCAUGGGCAUCCAUGCUGUUAGCGUCAUGCUAGAGACUCUCAAUAGAGAUGCCCAACAUGCUACUAUCGCCAAGUUCAUUCAAAAUGAACUUGACGCUGAACGCGAGAAAGUAGCCUUGCUUCACCAACAAGGUUCUCAACAAGCAGAGUUGUUGAGAGAACAGGGUGCUCAACAGUUUGAACUGUUGAGACAGCAGCAGGCUGCUGCUGGCGGGUCGAUGCACUCGCGUCGACCCGAGACUUUGAAGAUUGACAUCUCCAAGUAUAGGGGAGUCAAAGAAGACUCCCUCUUGAGAUGGUUCGUCGAAUAA